AUGAAAAUGUUUACCCUUGUCCUUGUGUUGAAGAAAUCUGAAAUUCUUCUUGGUCUAAAAAAACGUGGAUUUGGUGAAGGAAAAUGGAAUGGCUUUGGAGGAAAAAUUGAAUCUGGUGAAUCUGUAAUUCAAGCAGCCAUUAGGGAACUUCGUGAAGAGAGCGGAAUCAUGACUGAAGAAUCUAAUCUAACAGAAUGUGGAAUCAUAAACAUGGAUUUUCCUAAUGGUGAAAUCCCUUUCAAAAUUCAUGUUUUUCGUUGUUCAGAGUACAAAGGAGAAAUCUUGGAAACAGAAGAAAUGAAGCCACAGUGGUUUGACGUGCAACAUAUUCCGUACGAUCUUAUGUGGAGUGAAGCACGUAUCUGGUUUCCAGUUUUUCUCUCCGGGACGUCAUUUCAAGCCAGCUUCUCAUUCAACGCCCUGGGUGACAUAAUCAAGCACACAAUUACUCAGAAGCCGUAA